AUGCGCGGGCGGGUGCCCCUCGGUCGGCUGGUGGUGGCGGGCACCGCCGCCUUGCUCGCCGCAGCCGCCCUAGGCGCCGCCCUAGCUUGGAACCAGAUCUUCGACGCCGCACUUAGCGCUCAAAUGACGCUCACUCCAACCUCCCGGUCUUUCCGAGAGUGGGUAGAACCAACUGUGCCGUUGUACUUCGACGUAUACCUAUUCAACUGGACCAAUGCGGAUCAGUUUCCUGAAGAAAUUCCUAACUUGGUAGAAAUAGGUCCGUACCGGUUCCGAGAGAAGCGAAGUCACGUGAAUGUGACGUGGCAUCCGCACAACGGCUCCGUGUCGUACCAGACUUUCAGGAGUUGGGAGUUCGAUGAGAGCAGCAACGGCACGCUGCAGGACAACAUCACAACCCUCAACAUUAUUGCUGCUUCUGCAGUUUACAGGUCCAGGGAUUGGGGCUUUAUCAGGCAGAAAGGGCUGUCGAUGGGACUGGCGAUGUUCGGAGAGGGUAUGUCGAUAUCCAGAUUGGCCGGUGAACUGCUCUUCGAGGGUUACGAUGAUCCACUACUGGAUCUAGCGAAGAGUUUGCCAGAGAGCACAACUGGUGGGGCACCGCCAGUAGACAGAUUUGGAUUAUUCUAUGGGAGAAACAACUCAAUAGACACGGAUGGUUUCAUGGAGGUGUCAACGGGCGCUCGCAGUGGCUCGUUACCUGGACAGAUCUUGAAGUGGAAUCAUCUCGACCAUCUGCCAUAUUACGGCGGUAAAUGUUCAAAGCUGGCGGGUAGUGCUGGCGAGUUCAUGCCGCACAAUCUGACGGAGGAGUCAGGCCUUACUCUGUUCGUGCCGGACUUGUGCCGCACGGUUCACAUGCAGCACACCGACAGUGGACAGAUAGGGGGUCUGCCUUACCACAAAUACGCUCUCACGGAAACAAGUUUCGACAACUCAUCAUCAUCACCAUCGAACUCGUGUUUCUGCAACGGCGAGUGUGCUUGGGGUGGGGUGAUGAACGUAUCAUCGUGUCGCUACGGAUCGCCGUCAUUCCUCUCGCUGCCGCACUUCUUGUACGGUGACCCUCAACUGCGAGAACUCGUCAGCGGCAUGGAGCCUGACCCUGAGAAACACUCCUUCUACUUCGCAGUGGAACCGAAUUUAGGAGUACCCCUGGAUGUUGCAGGGCGCUUUCAGCUAAACGUGUGGAUGGAACCUAGCGAAAACAUUGCUUUAUAUGAGAACGUGCCCAAGAUGCUGUUCCCAAUAUUCUGGGUAGAACAGCGAGUGCGUGUAGAAGACCGGGUGCUGUCAGAGCUGCGUGUAGUGCGCGGGAUAUACGACUGGGGUGGGGCGGUUUGUGCCGGGAUGACCCUGUUCUUCACUGCUUUCGCUGUCAAAGUGCUUUGUUGCGCUAAGAAACAUAAAUAUUCAAGAUAUUCCAGGCCUUGCGAAGUCAUUAGCGGGAAACCAAAGGAUGAAGCGGAACUAAAAUUGAACUCAAUGUAG